UGACAGUGUAUAAGCAAGAGUGCAUGGAUGUGUGUGGACAAGUGUGUAUACACGUGAACACACAAGAACUUUUAUACACACCAGCCGAGGAACAGUGGAUUUUCUGAAGAAUUGUGUGAUUGAGAUUGAGGUCAGUGAUGGAGGUCCUGCUGCUUUUUGUCCUCAUCCUCCAGACCAUUUCAGGAUGUGCAUGUUUAUGGACUGUAGAAAAAGUGACUGCUAAACCUGGCGGCUCCAUCACAAUUCCCUGCCACUACAACUGGAGGUUUCGAGAGCAGGAGAAGUACUGGUGCAGAGGGAGGUUCUGGUACACAUGUGUGCGUGUGACAGAGUGGGCGGGCCGAGUCAGUGUGAUGGACACCCCAGAAGAGCUGGUUAUUACACUCACGUUCUUUGAGCUGCAGGUCCGAGAUGCUGGGAGGUACUGGUGUGCCGUGGACAUCGGCGGACUGAGUAAGAGCGACAUCAGGACAUCGCUGGAGCUGCAAGUGACUGAUGAUCCUGAUUUGUGGGUCAGCAGUGCAUUGUCGUGUGCUCCUGAGGGAGGAAUUGUGCAUGUACAGUGUUUGUACAGUGACAGACUGAAGAAGAUGGAGAAGAAGUGGUGUCGGGGUGGAGACCUGCACUCCUGUCAGUCUCAGCAAAGUGCUCAGAUCUCCCAGCAUGCACGGCUGCAGCUCAGAGAUGAGGGCCAAGGCUUGUUCACUGUGGCACUUUCAGGGCUUCAGAAAGACGAUGCUAGCUGGUACUGGUGCAGUGCUGCAGGGGUCCAAGCACCUGUACACAUCUGCAUCACAACAACACACAACUCCACACACAACUACACAGGGUAUAGUGAACCUCCAUCACCAUCACACUCAUCCAUUACUACACUAACACACACACACACUCCACUCAUACACACACUCCACACAUGCACACUGCCCAGCUCUUCACGUGAAUUAACCACAUCUUCAAACACAUCUUCGACAUCUGCGACACCUGAGAAUGUGUUCACUUCACCUGCAACAGUGCGAGGACAUUCAUCAAUUGUACCUGAAUCCCUGCCCACUGCUCCAUCCCCUGCCUCACACAGAUUGAGAGUGGGUGUGAUCGUGGUCUUGGCUGCAGUGAUGUCAGUACUAGUGGGUGCAGUUUGCUGGAGAUGGAGGAUACACCAUCGUGAGGCCCUUGGAAGGGAGAAUUGGGUGGAGUCAGCUGAGCUGAGUGUGAAUGAUGAUGCAGAGCUGCUGGAGCGGGAUUGGAGCAGAGCUGCUGUCCUUCAACUGCAAGAAGAAUCAAAUUCUUAGAUGACCACACACGCACGCACACACACACACUCUUUUACACCUUUUUAUGGAUUUCUUUUAAUGGUAUCACUCAGACUCCACAUCUUACUUUCAUGUUAAAUUACAGUAUAUGAAAACAAAGAACAAAUAAAAGUGUGUUGUUGACGAGUGUGUGGAUGUGAUUAGUGUGUGGAUGUGACAAGUGUGUGGAUGUGACAAGUGUGUGGAUGUGACUGUUGUGUGAAUGUGACGAGUGUGUGAAUGUGACGAGUCUGUGGGUGUGCUGAGUGUGUGGAUGUGAUGAGUGUUUGCCCUGUGUGAGUUUGUGAUCUGCUCAUGUCCAGUUAAAUCACUGGUGUACUGAAAUAUUAGGAAUAGGGGGCACCAGUGGCACAGACAGUAGUGGCGGACUUUCU